GGCUGAGCUGAAGCGUCCGACCAGACACAGCUGAGAGUUUAACGAGACCGAACCAAGACCAGGACCCGCACAAGAGGUCCGUGUCGUCCGUGUCAGUGUGACUGGACCGGGAAACAAACCGGAACCGACUGACACGUCGACGUCCGGGUGUGAUCCGAGAGUCAGAACCCUGGAAGAGCCCUGGAUCCUCGGUCCUCGAGAAGAUCGCUGUGGAUGGUGAGUCCAGGAUGUACUUCCUGUCUCUGAUCCUAAUCAGACUGUGGACCUAUUAGAUCUCACAGGAGUCAUGAACUUCGGGUCUGAGUCCUGGCAGUGGUUCAGGGUCCUUCUGGACUAGACUAACAGCAGUGUUUCUUAGACUUUCCAAGGAUCGGGACUAUGGGACCUCCGGUCGUUCAGGGAGCUCCUGUUGUACCAAAGAUGGGGGUCAGGGCCCGAAUGUCCGACUUGUCUCAGAGGAGGGAUGCUCAGGAGGGUCUGAACUUGAGCUUUCUGAGUCAACCUCCCCAUUCCAACAAGAGCCUGGACCCCCAGCCCAGGUCAGAGACUACAUUCCCAGUUCGCCCGAGUCCUUCCACUAGCAGGAGUUUGGCAAGGAUGAAGAGAAGCAACAGUGAGGUGACGAUCAGUGAUGUCGGAGCUGAAGACAUGGACCCUGCUGCCAUCAACCCAAACACAGAUGCAAGUCUGAGGCGAAAGUGCUGCAGCACUUCGACACUGGACCGCCAAAGUUUGUCACGAUCCACUGAGACUCCUUCCUGGAGGCUGGAGCAGCAGGUGCCCAGCGCACCACCUCCGUUCCCAGAACCUGCACAGCUUCAUGCUGCACUGUCGCCCAGUCUGCAGACUGCCGCUCGCAUUGCUCAUGGGGAUGUCAUCUAUGUACCCAACUAUGUGAACGCUUCGGUUUAUGUGUCGCAUGUUCAGAAAACAAAGCCGGAGACAUCGAUCCUCAGCAGACUAAGGAAUCAGAGGACAAACAGGGACACAAGACCCAGCGCAAUCUCUUACAAAUGCUUUUCUCAUUAUGAUAGUCAGAGUGUCCUCUUCAACUUCAGCAGCGGCUUCGUCCCCCAAGCAGACCUCCAGCACAGAAGGAACGUCUCCACCUCUGGAUGUUAUGUGUUUGAUGCUUUAAGCCCUGAUGAACAUGACAAAAACAACUUUCUGGUGAGCAGCUGUCCGUUCUUUCAUAAUGAGAUUGGAGGGGAGAUGGAAAGGAGGCUGGGCCUGACUCGGGCCAACACCUCCACCUCCGGUGCUGCAGCAGACACAUCCUUCAGCGAUCCGCCGCUCAGCACCCGCCGCACCAACGCGAGCAUCUCAGUGUUGGAGUUUAGUGGAGGAACUCGGGCGUUCGACCAACAUCUGAUGAAUAAUCACGACAUUGAACACAUUGACCUGGGAGCCAGAUACUACCUGAAAUACUUCUACAACCAAGGUAAGGUCCAGUCGAGGGCCAGACUUCACCACGAUGCAGAAGCUGGAUGCUCUUGCUAA